AUGAGUGCUUCCACUGAUUUUUCUUGUGAAUAUUGGAAUCCUAAUCACUAUUACAGAAACAACUUCUACGACAACCAAAGAAUUCCGGGUUACGAUCCAUCGGCUCCGGCGCCGGCCAAAGACGAUACAGGUGGCAUCGGUUACCAAAAUCAUCUACCGUACGGUUUUUACGCGGAGACGCCGUACCAGGUCAAGCCGGAGAACGCGUACAGCAACUGCAGAUACGAUAUUAAUCAAAGCUAUUUGAGCCCGGACGCGGGACCGGACAAUUCGCUCAGCCCGCCGCCGGUCGCCGGCAAUUUCGCGCACAAUAAUUUCAUCGGAGGCCAAAGUGGCGACGUGAAUGCGUUCGCUAAUUGCCGGCAGUACGCGGUUAAUGGUGGUGAUAAAAAGAACAAUGAAUUCGAAGAUGCAACGGUGCAGUCAAAAAAAAAAACCAAAAUGGAGGAUUCCCCGGCAUUACGGGCCUUAUUAACGAAACCGACCGGCAAGAAAAUUGCCUACGAUUACAACGAUCUGCAUAAAACGGCGAAUAAUGGUCAUCAAAAAAAUUAUUUUGAUGAGGGCUUCGGUAAUACUGGAGAGGACAGCAGCAAAUUCGACGGUGACGAUGCCGAUAUGACCGCUUUCAACAAAGAUGAGGACAGAUUACCAUUGCCCCAAGGCAAAAGCACUAAUGAUAAUUUAGCGGCCAUUCAGACCAAUUUUUUUCCAUGGAUGAAAACCUCACAUGGUGAUUUAGGAUCGAAAGGGAACAAACGCACCCGGCAAACCUACACGCGUUACCAGACCCUCGAGCUCGAGAAAGAAUUCCAUUUCAACAAAUACCUGACGAGGCGUCGUCGGAUCGAAAUAGCCCACACGUUGUGCCUGUCCGAGCGCCAAAUUAAAAUCUGGUUCCAAAAUCGCCGGAUGAAGGCCAAGAAGGACGGGAAAUUCGGCGUGCACCCGACGCAAGAUUUCGCCGCCGUCGAAGACGUCAACAUGAAUCAAAGUGCGUUUCGUUCGGAGAGUUUUUAUCGGGAUUGCAGUCGGGGUGGCGGCGAAUUAACGCGAGAGAUAUCAACAGGUGAUGAGAACGGAACCGCGUACGGUGACAUUUCGAGGCCUUUAACGGCUUUAAAAAAUCUACCCGGACCGCCGCUUACCCCUUAA